GCUUAGCUAUUGUAAACAGUGCUGCUAUAAACAUAGGGGUGCAAGUGCUCUUUGGAAUUGAUGUUUCUGUGUCCUUUGGGUAAAUACCUAGGAGUGGAAUUGCUAGAUCAUAUGGAAGUUCUAUGUUUAGUAGAUCAAGAAAUCUCUACACAGUUUUCCAUAGUAGUUGGACUAGUUUGCAUUCCCACCAACAGUGCAGGAGAGCAGAAGCUCAUUUUUUAAAUGAGGUUUUUGUUGCUGAGUUUAAAAGAGUUCUUUUAUAAACUAUACAAAGGAUAGCAAUCUUUAAUCAGAUAUAUGUGUCUUUUGCAAAUAUUUCCUUCCAAUCUGUGUACAUUGCCUUUCACAGAGCAGAACUUUUUCAUUUUAAUGAAGUCCAACUUACUGUUUCUUUCAUGGGCAUGUCAUUUGUAUCUUAAAAAGUCCUGAUAAUACUGAAGACCAUCUAGGUUUUCUCCUGUGUUCUCUCCUAGGACUUAUAGUUUUACAUUUUACAGUUAGAUCCAUUUUGUGUUAAUGUUUAUGAAGCAUUUAAGAUCUCAUCUAACAUCUUGGGGGUUGUGGGGGGUUGUGGAUAUCCAGAUGUUCCAGCACCAUUUGUUGAAAAGUCUGUCUUUGUUUCAUUGUAUUGCCUUGGCUUUUUUAUCAAUGAAUAGUUGACUUUAUUUUUGUGAUUGUAUUUCUGAGCUCUCAGUUCUAUUUCUUUGAUUUGUGUAUUUCACCAAUACCACACUGUCUAGAUUACUGUAGCUUUAUAGUGACUUUUCAUAUGAAUAGUUAACAGAAAAUAAAAGAGAAAUGAUUCUUAAAAAUGUACUCACUUGAAAUGCAAGUUUGUUUGGCAAAGAUCCUGAACUUUGACAGCUGUAUUGAUGAGAGAGAGAGGAGACAGGCACUCACAUAUAAUUUACGCUGAUGGGGAGUGUGAGUUACACAUUCAACUAAGCCCAGUAAAGGACUGAUUGGCAAUAUCAAAAGUACAGUCACAUAAAUUUUGACUCAGCAGUUCUGCUUCAAGGAACUUUUAUAUGCCUACACACAUGUGAAUUCAUGUAUGCCCUAGGUUUUGUCAUGAUACUAUUGCUGUUAAUAAAAAAAGAUUGGAAACUGCCUAAAUAUCUCCUAUCAGUAUUGGAGUGGGUAAAUAAUUAUGAUGUAUCCAUAGAGUAAUACCACUCUAUGGGUGGACAUAUAUACUGACAGGAAAGAUCUCUAAGAUAGACUGUUAUUGAGGGGGAAAAAAUUCAGUAUCUGACUCAUCAUGUGUUAUCAUUUGUGGAAAAAGAAUACAAAACAUCAUACAUACUUCUGUAUACAUACAUAAAUAGCUCUUGAAUAUUUUUCUAUACACAAGAAAUUAAUGGGACGAGGGAAAUUUUGCAGAGUAUGCAUUUUAUGAUUUCAGAUGUUGAACUGAGUGAAUAUAUUAUCUGCAUUUUUAAAUAACAAGAAAAAAUGUAAAGUGAAACCUCUUUACUGGUUGCUCAUCACUUUAGGUACAUGAUCACCUUCUCAUUCUGCCUCUCAAGAGACUUUAGAAUUUGACUUCUGUUUUCCUUUCCACUCUACUACAAAUUUACUCCAAAGUUUACUUCCCAUCUCUGGUUUGUAAGGUACAUUUCCAAAAGAGAUACAUGUGCUGUCACUCCCUUACUUUUGAAAUUACAGGUUCUUUCUUCCUGGAAUGACUUUCCUGAUUCCAGGGUCUUUUUAUUUUUCCUUUAAAUUUAAAGCCCAGUCCAGAAUUAUCUUCCAUGAAUUCUUUCUGUGCUUAUAUGACCUCUUAUUAAUUUUUCUUGGAUAUUAUAUUGAAAUUGUGUUUCUCUUUCUGCUUUUCUGCUUGGUUAUACGCAAGCUCCCUAAGGUUCCAUGUGUUAAAUAAAAUGAAUGAGGGUGCUUUCUUAAGUCUCUGAUCCUUAUGUAACUGAUAUAACUUUAAAAGAUUAAAACUAUUUGUACCUUUGGCCCAAAAAUUGUUUUGCUGGAAAUUUUUUCUGAAAAAUAAAAUAAAUAAACAGCUAUAACUAAAAUUUCAUGAGCAAGGAAAGUCAUUGCAGCCUUAUAAUAGCAAAUUAUAAAUAAUCUGAAUGUCUAACAACAGUGGACUACUUAAGUGUGUCUGGGGCUGAUAGGCUCUGGAAUGAUGAUGAUGAAUAUUAAAUACUAUGUUCUCAAUAUAAUAUGUAAAAAAGCAAGUUACAAAGCAGUAAAAAUUGGAUCCAAUUUUGUGAUCCAGGUCAGGGCACAGAGAAAGGACUGGAAGAACACUGUGGAAAACAAUAGCAGAGAUUAUCCUUUAAUAUUAUAAACUUAAGUUUCAUAGUAGGAAAAUAUUUCUAAACAACAGAUUUAUAAAGAGCAGUAAGCCUAAAUUUUGUGUCAAACCUUAUUCAGAUUUACCCAAUUAUUCUGGUUAACAAAAUGAUUUUUCAGAGAAUUAUAGGCAUGUAUAUUAAAGCUACACAGAAUUUAACUCAAUUUAACUUUGUUAAUUAAGAAGGUAUUUGAAUUUCAUCCCAUGUUUAUCAGAAUUAAGAUCGUGUUUACCUGCUAACUUACAGAACACAGGAAAGAGUGGUAGUUGUGGAAGGAUACUAACAUUUGAGGCCAUAUAGCAGGCACUGUUCAAAAACUUAAAUUAGAUUCUUAAAAGUCUGUAAAGUAGGAACUGCUGUUACCCCUAACUUACAGGUUGAGAAACUAAGACUCAGAAGUGAGGUAAUUUGUUCUAGGUCACAGGGGAAUAUUCAGAAUGCCCAUUGUUAAGAGUGGUCGGUAAGGGGUUUGUUGUAAUUAGGUGGAGGAGAUGCUGUGGAUGAAGAUCAAAGGAAUUUCACGCCUUUGGUUUCAGUAGUGAUCUGGAUAAAUGAGUUGUGUGUCCCAUAUCCCUGGGCAGUGGGCUUCUAUGAGAGGAGGCACUGCCCAGAGUCUAGAACAUCAUCUUCAGGGAGGUUUUCUUCAUCACUGAGAAACGACUGGGGUCUGAAGAACUUACUUACUUAUCUGGGUUAACUUUAACAUUGAUUUCUUGAAGUCUUAUAGAUGAUGGCCUCCCAGCUUUAAGGAAGAAGUCAAGCAAGGAUUGAGGGUGCCUGGCGAGGAGCCUUGCUUGAAUGACCACAAUGACAAGAGAAAACUGGGCCCACAAUGCUCUGAGACAAGAGGGACUUGUUAAAGGAAAGGAUGAUACAUGGAAAUGGGGAACCAGCUUCCAAGGGAGCAGCUCCUCUGUUUGGGAAACUUCCCACCUGCACUUUAGACAGUUACGUUACCAUGACACGUCUGGACCUCAUGAGGCACUGAGCCGACUCCGGGAGCUCUGUCGCAGGUGGCUGAGGCCAGAAGCACGUACCAAGGCCCAGAUACUGGAGCUUUUGGUGCUGGAGCAGUUCUUGAGCAUCCUGCCUGGGGAGAUUCGGACCUGGGUGCAGAUCCAUCGCCCCGGGAAUGGUGAGGAAGCCGUGGCCCUGGUGGAGGAGCUACAGAAAGACCUUGAUGGACCAGCACUAAAACUUCCAGCCCUUGUCCAGGACCAGGACACUCUCCAGGAAGGGAUGAGCGCUCCAGGAACAGCACUUCCCCAUGCACCCACUGAUAGUCACAUAUCAACAGAAAUUCAUCCAAAUCCUCUUACUGAUUCAUUGGUGUUCAACCUUCAGGAUCCUCAGCUUGAUCCUCCUGCCCCUGAGGCUUCUGCCCUUUCUCAGGAAGAGAACCCAAGAAAUCAGUUAAUGGCACUUAUGCUGCUAACAGCCCAGCCCCAGGAGUUGGUGAUGUUUGAAGAGGUAUCAGUAUGCUUCACUUCAGAGGAAUGGGCAUGUCUGGGCCCAAUUCAAAGGGCCUUGUACUGGGAUGUGAUGCUGGAGAAUUAUGGAAAUGUGACCUCCCUGGAAUGGGAGACGAUGACUGAGAAUGAGGAGAUGACAUCAAAGCCUAGCAUUUCUCAAAGAGCAGAUUCUCAGAAAGCAACAUCAAAAAGACUUCAAGGAAGUAUUCCCCAGAUCCUACAUUUUGAGGAAGAUUGUGAAUGGCAAGUUUUGGCAAGUGAAUGGGGACAUGAAAACGGGGAAAGAAAUACACUGAAGAAAGGUUCCCUUUGUGAACACGACAAGAAAAGGACUCCAUCAGAAAAACGAGGCCAAAAGUGGAAGGAAUUUGGAGAAAGCUUGACUUUUGGUUCAGCUCUUUCUGAAAAUGUAAUUGAUACUGAGGGAAAGAAGUUUUAUAAAUGUGAUAUGUGUUGUAAACAUUUCAAUAAAAUCUCCCACCUCAUAAACCAUCGACGGAUCCAUACUGGGGAGAAACCUCAUAAAUGCAAGGAGUGUGGAAAGGGCUUCAUUCAGCGCUCAAGCCUUCUAAUGCAUUUACGGAACCAUUCUGGGGAGAAACCUUAUAAAUGUAACGAAUGCGGGAAAGCCUUCUCUCAAAGUGCUUACCUUCUAAAUCAUCAGAGAAUCCACACUGGGGAGAAACCUUAUAAAUGUAAAGAGUGUGGAAAGGGCUUCUAUAGGCAUUCUGGCCUUAUUAUACAUCUAAGGCGACAUUCUGGAGAGAGACCUUAUAAAUGUAAUGAAUGUGGGAAAGUUUUUUCUCAAAACGCUUACCUCAUUGACCAUCAGAGGCUUCAUAAAGGGGAAGAACCUUACAAAUGUAACAAAUGUCAGAAAGCUUUCAUUCUAAAGAAGAGCCUCAUUCUACACCAGAGAAUCCACUCUGGGGAAAAACCCUAUAAAUGUGAUGAAUGUGGAAAAACCUUUGCUCAGACCACUUAUCUUAUUGACCAUCAACGACUCCACAGUGCAGAGAACCCAUACAAAUGUAAAGAAUGUGGAAAGGUUUUUAUUCGAAGCAAAAGCCUCCUUUUACACCAGAGAGUCCACACGGAAAAGAAAACCUUUGGUUGUAAAAAAUGUGGGAAGAUUUUCAAUUCUAAGUCAAAUCUCAUUGACCAUAAGAGGAUGCACAGCAGAGAGAAGCCUUAUAAAUGUACUGAAUGUGGUAAAGCCUUUACUCAGAGUGCUUACCUUUUCGACCAUCAGAGACUCCACAAUGGAGAGAAGCCCUAUGAAUGUAAUGAAUGUGGCAAAGUUUUCAUUCUAAAGAAGAGCCUCAUUUUACAUCAGAGGUUUCACACUGGAGAGAAUCUUUACGAAUGUAAAGACUGUGGCAAGGUCUUUGGUUCCAACAGAAAUCUUAUUGACCACGAGCGACUCCACAAUGGGGAGAAGCCCUAUGAAUGUCGAGAAUGUGGAAAAACCUUCAUUAUGAGCAAAAGUUUCAUGGUCCAUCAGAAACUCCAUACACAGGAGAAAGCCUACAAAUGUGAAGAUUGUGGGAAGGCUUUUAGUUACAAUUCAAGCCUACUUGUGCAUCGGAGAAUCCAUACUGGGGAGAAGCCCUUUGAAUGCAGUGAGUGUGGAAGAGCUUUCAGUUCUAACAGAAACCUCAUUGAACAUAAGAGAAUCCAUAGCGGUGAGAAACCCUAUGAGUGUAAUGAAUGUGGGAAAUGUUUCAUUCUGAAGAAGAGCCUCAUUGGACAUCAGAGGAUUCACACAAGGGAAAAAUCAUAUAAAUGCAAUGACUGUGGGAAAGUCUUCAGUUACCGCUCAAACCUAAUAGCUCAUCAGAGAAUCCACACUGGUGAGAAGCCGUAUGCAUGCAAUGAGUGUGGGAAAGGCUUUACUUACAACAGAAAUCUUAUUGAACAUCAAAGAAUUCACAGUGGGGAAAAAACCUAUGAAUGUCAUAUAUGUAGAAAAGUUCUUACUUCUAGUAGAAAUCUUAUGGUACAUCAAAGAAUCCACACUGGAGAGAAACCGUAUAAAUGUAAUGAGUGUGGAAAAGAUUUCAGUCAGAAUAAAAACCUUGUUGUACAUCAGAGAAUGCACACUGGGGAAAAACCAUACGAAUGUGAGAAGUGUAGAAAAUCUUUUACUUCUAAGAGGAACUUAGUUGGCCACCAGAGAAUCCACACAGGGGAGAAGCCAUAUGGGUGUAAUGAUUGUAGUAAAGUUUUUAGGCAAAGAAAAAACCUUACUGUACAUCAGAAAAUACAUACAGAUGAAAAACUCUGUGACUGUAAUGAAUCUGAAAAAGAAUUCUCUCAGGCUUCAAACCUUCACCUUCAACAAAAAAUCCAUACUGUGGAAGAAUUCUCUUGGUUCCAAAAUGCCAAUGAGUCCAAGAUAGAGAUUCAGAAAACCUAGUGUCAUGUUAAAUGGAAUAGAAUUCCUGCCUAUUUGAGUGACUGUUGGAGAAUGGCAGUAUAUGGUCUUAUAAGGAAAAAAAUUAUGAUUGACCUUUUUAUAGACAAGUGAGUUGCAUGUGGGAAAAAAGUUAAUCUAGACUCUGAAGACUACAAAAACAUAAGCCACAUUUUAGUUAAAGCUGAGUUAAAGGAUAUGCUGUUCUAGAUUUAUUUGUUAUGACCCUAGAAAGGGACUUUGGAGCAGUUGGGAUUGCUUAAGAAACUGGUUUUAUGUCUUAUAAGAUGCAUUGAUGUAGUUGUAAAUGAUUGCAAAAAUAUCUUUGUUAUUAAAAAGUGGACACUGUUUGAAAUUGUGUAUAUUGUAUAUUUUAAGAUAGCACCACUACAACAGAAAGUCUGUAUAGACAGUCUGAUCAAGACAUAUCAGACAGUAGGGUGGGCAAGAGUCUGCUGUUUUAAGACAAAUUAUAAUUAUAGCACUGGAUUUAGAAUCAUAACACCUAGAUUUUGUGCUGGCUUCUCUUACUAGAUAUGUGAUGGUAUUAAGUCAACCUGUAAGACAAGUUUCUCUGCCAUUCAAACAUUGACAUAAUGCCUACCUCACAGGGUUGUUGUGAGGAUUAAAUGAAAGGAUCUUUGUGAAAGUACUUUGUGAAAUAAUUUAGUUGUCAAUAAAGUUGGAUAAAAGAGCUACGUUCAAUCUAGAAGAUAAUGUUUGUCCAUUCAGUCAACAUUAACAUUCAGUGAACCUCAAAAGAUACUCAUUUUUUUAAAGAUUUGCUUUUUAUUUAUAUAAGAACAGGGGUACAGGCCAGAAGCACAGGAGGGUGAGAGAAUUCACCAGAGAUAGAGCGGAGAGCAGAUCAGGCAGAUGGACCGAAAACACUGCUGAGGGGAGCAGCGAGCGA